CCCCCUCCUGGUCGCCUGUGGUCACUGCUGUCGGUUUCAGUGGGUAACGCACAGAACUGCGGGAUAACGUGGAGAAUUAUUGUUUACUUCUGAGCCGGGUUUGAGAAGCGGACGCCUCAUGGAGCUCAUCUCAUGACUGCUGACCCGAGGAAGAGCCUCUGUACAGCGCGAAGCUGUUGAUAAAGCUGUGAAACGCUACUAGCGCUGGGGUUUGUGUGAAGGGCCCAGGCAGCCGAUCACCGAAGAUCCUCCAGCCCUCGACACACAGGCUUGAGCUCUGGAGCAGCGCUCGUCUCGUAUAUCGACGGGAGCAUGUCUCAAACCGGAGCGCCUCUGCGAUGGAAGAACUGUCCCAGAAGAGGACAACCCGUGGCUGGUAAAUUUCUGCCCAUGAAAACCAUGCUUGGACCACGGUAUGAUGAUAAAGUCCCGGAGGAGAACAGGUUUCAUCCCAGCAUGCUGUCCAACUAUCUCAAAAGCUUAAAGGUGAAGAUGGGUUUGCUGGUGGACCUGACGAACACCAGCCGCUUCUAUGAUCGAGCAGAGAUAGAAAAAGAAGGAAUCAAAUAUGUGAAACUUUCCUGCAAAGGUCACGGUGAAUGCCCCACAGCAGAGGCGACAGAGAUGUUCAUCAGGCUGUGCGAGCACUUCAUAGAGAAGACGCCCACAGAGCUCAUCGGCGUUCACUGCACGCAUGGCUUCAACCGCACCGGCUUUUUAAUAUGUGCCUACCUGGUGGAGAAAAUGGACUGGAGUAUCGAGGCCUCUGUGGCAGCGUUCGCUCAGGCUCGGCCCCCGGGAAUCUAUAAAGCUGACUAUCUGAAGGAGCUCUUCCGCCGCUACGGGGAUGUGGAGGACGCGCCACCCGCCCCUGCUCUCCCCGAAUGGUGCUUCGAUGAUGAGGAGGACGAAGAUGUGGAUGAUGAUGAUGGGAAUGCCAUCGCUCAGGGCUCCGAGCCCAGCUCCUCUCACUCCAGUCAGGGCAAGAAGAAGAAAGAACGACUAAAACUGCACGCUAUGUUUCUGGAGGGAGUGUCUGUCAAAGGAGUCACUCAAGUCACGUCACAGCCCAAGCUCGGCAUGAUCCAGAGGAAAUGUCAGGAGUUCUCUGAGUGGGACAAAUCGGGGUUUCCUGGUGCUCAGCCCGUAUCGAUGGACCGCAGGAACAUCCGUCUGUUGGAGCAGAACGUUUAUAAAGUCAGCUGGAAAGCAGACGGCACGCGGUACAUGAUGUUGAUAGAUGCAAAAGACGAAGUCCAUAUGAUUGACAGAGACAAUUCGGUCUUUCACAUAGCCAACCUGGAGUUUCCUUUCCGGAAGGAUCUUCGCACCCAUCUUUCCAACACGCUUCUGGAUGGGGAGAUGAUUGUCGACAAAGUGAACGGCCAGCCCGUCCCGCGGUAUCUCAUCUACGACAUCAUUAAAUUUAACGGUCAGCCUGUGGGUCAGUGUGACUUCAACAGACGUCUGCUGUGUAUCGAGAAGGAGAUCAUCUUCCCACGAUUUGAGAAAAUUAAGCUGGGCCAAAUUGAUAAAUCCAAGGAGCCCUUCAGCGUCAGGAACAAGCCUUUCUUCGACAUCCACACUGCACGCAAGCUCCUGGAGGGCAGUUUCACCUCGCAGGUCAGCCAUGAAGUCGAUGGUCUUAUCUUCCAGCCUAUAGGGAAAUAUAAGCCGGGCAGAUGUGAUGACAUUCUGAAGUGGAAGCCGCCCAGCCACAACUCGGUCGAUUUCAGACUCAAGAUCACCAAAGUCGGCGGGGAGGGACUGAUCCCGCAGACGGUGGGUCUCCUGUACGUGGGGAGAUAUGACAUGCCCUUUGCACAAAUGAAGAUAACAAGAGACCUGAAGCAUUAUGAUAAUAAAAUAAUUGAGUGCACGUUCGUCAAUAACACCUGGGUGUUCAUGCGACAGAGGACGGACAAGAGCUUCCCCAACUCAUAUGACACAGCCAUGGCUGUGUGCAACAGUAUCCAGCAUCCUGUCACAAAGGAAAUUCUCUUUGAGUUUUUGGACCGGUGCGCCCAGGCGCAGUCCCGCAAAAACCCAGCCGACUCUGAGCUCAUGCCACCGCCUCCACCAAAGAGAGCGAACCUCACCAUCCCGCAGUAGCGCAGUGCCGCCGGAGCAGAAUGGACGCAGUUUGUCUUGUUUUUUUUUUAUUCCCAAAAUGUUCAGCAGCUCU